AUGAUUGACCUCUUCUCCUCUGAUACCGUUACAGCAGGUGAAGUGAAAGAGGGAUGUGAUUUCAACAUCCGCCUGGGUCAUGAGACGGAGACACUGAGCAUCCUCCUGUUGACACCCUCAUCCAUUGAAUCGUCUGUGACGCAAGAGACUACAUCUAGACUACGCCAACUUUCUGCCCACACAAGUGGUAUCAGCAAGAAAGCCGUGGCAUUUCUGCUCUCCGAGACAGCGUUCCAUAGUGCAAGUGGGAGAUAUCGUCUGGAUGGGCUGGUAGCAUUGCAAGCGCUGAUGAUCGAGUCCCUCCCAAACAUGCUGCCUAUCAUUCCUGUCGCGGAUGCGGAUAGCCUCCUGGCCUCUGUGCAAGAAUAUAUCGCCAACCUCGAGACAAGAGAUAACCAACAACAACAACGACGACAACAACACUCUGCGAACACAAUGGGGUUUGCGGGAUCUAGAUUCUUCUCUACCAGUGCGUCUUGGGAGCAGGGCAGACAGAGCUUCAGCAAAUUCGCUGGUACAAACGACCCAAAAUAUAUUUCGGGAGUGGAUCGUAUUCGUUUACCAAGAAUACUCUCCCCUAUCCAGGGGUUCUAUGACGGGGACACACCAAUUUUCAGCGGUGUUAGCCCCUUAUUAAUGCAAUUGACGAAAUGUGGCAGAUACUACGGUGGAAAAAUCCGGGAUCAGCUUGGUGGUGAAGGAGCGACUAACUAG